UUUGACCUUUUUCCUUCAUACAUUGAGAAAGCAAAAAAGAGGGAGAGAACAAAGAGAGAUAAACAAUGGGAGAAGUACGAGAGAAGAGAAGGAUAGUGUUGGUUCCAGUUCCAGCUCAAGGUCAUGUAACUCCUAUUAUGCAACUUGGGAAAGCUCUUUACUCCAAAGGAUUCUCAAUCACUGUGGUUCUCACACAGUAUAACCGAGUUAGCUCUUCCAAAGAAUUCUCUGAUUUUCAUUUCCUCACCAUCCCCGGCAGCUUAACUGAGUCUGAUCUCAAAAACCUAGGACCAUUCAGGUUUUUAGUCAAGCUCAAUCAAAUCUGUGAGGCAAGCUUCAAGCAGUGUAUAUGUCAGCUAUUGGAGGAACAAGGUGAUGAUAUUGCCUGUGUCGUCUACGAUGAGUACAUGUACUUCUCUCAAACUGCAGUUAAGGAGUUUCAACUUCCCAGUGUCCUCUUCAGCACGACAAGUGCUACUGCUUUUGUCUGUCGCUCUGUUUUGGCUAGUGUCAACGCAGAGACGUUCUUGACCGACAUGAAAGAUCCUGAAGUGUCAGACAAGGUGUUUCCAGGGUUGGAUCCUCUAAGGUACAAGGACCUACCAACUUCAGCAUUUGGGCCGUUAGAGAGUAUUCUCAAGGUUUACAGUGAGACUGUCAACAUUCGAACAGCUUCCGCUGUUAUCAUCAACUCAACGAACUGUCUAGAGAGCUCUUCCUUGGCAUGGUUGCAAAAAGAGCUACAAGUUCCGGUGUAUCCUAUAGGCCCACUUCACAUUGCAGCUGCAGCGCCUUCUAGUUUGCUAGAAGAGGACAGGAGUUGCAUUGAGUGGUUGAACAAGCAGAAAUUAGGCUCAGUGAUUUACAUAAGCUUGGGAAGCUUGGCUCUAAUGGAAACCAAAGACGUUUUGGAGAUGGCUUGGGGAUUAAGUAACAGCAACCAACCUUUCUUAUGGGUGAUCAGACCUGGUUCUAUUCCUGCCUCGGAGUGGAUAGAGUCCUUACCAGAGGAAUUCAGUAGGUUGGUUUCAGAAAGAGGUUAUAUAGUGAAAUGGGCACCACAGAUGGAAGUUCUUAGACAUCCAGCAGUAGGAGCGUUUUGGAGUCACUGUGGAUGGAACUCGACGCUAGAGAGCAUCGGGGAAGGAGUUCCAAUGAUCUGUAGGCCUUAUACAGGCGAUCAGAAAGUCAAUGCAAGGUACUUAGAGAGAGUAUGGAGAAUUGGGGUUCAAUUAGAGGGAGAGCUGGGUAAAGGAACUGUGGAGAGAGCUGUAGAGAGGUUGAUUCUGGAUGAAGAAGGAGCAGAAAUGAGGAAGAGAGCCAUUGACUUGAAAGAGAAGCUUGAAGCCUCUGUCAGAAGUGGAGGUUCCUCAUGCAGCUCAUUAGAAAACUUUGUUAAUUCCUUGAAAAUGAAGAAUUCUAUGUAGUCUCUUUUCAAAGUCAAGACUGUAUCAGAAAAGAUUUGUUUUAGUAUUAUGAAAUGAAAUGUCUUUCAACUGAUAAAUAAUA